CCUUUGUCUCCGUGUGAGGAAAACAUUUUUUUAUUUAAUCAAUGACUCCUGCAGUUGUGCUGCGGAGACUGAAGGAACUCUAGUUCCCACCACUCACUCACGCUAUACAGGUGAGGAGGUGACAGUUCCUUCGGCUGAACACAAGUUACCACAGGAAGCAAGCACCGGGUGGGAACUCAAGGGGUGUUGUCAAUCACAAACCCAUUGAACCACACGGUUAGUUCAAGGUAAACGGUUCUCUACACAAAGUCCGCUUAAGUCACAGAGAAGCCCCCCCACUGUGGAAGACUGACCAGACCAGUGGGCUGUUUCCCAUGACAACCAGGAAGCUGAGAAAAAUCUGAUCGGAAGUGAAGGUGUGUGCCCUCUUCUCCAGGAAUGACCAGAUCGGGGGGCACUUGAGGGUGGCUGUGCUCAGAAGGUUCCAGAACCACAGACGCAACGUCUGCUAACAGAGACGGACCAUUUCUGAAAAACGCCUGCGAUCGAGGAGGAGGAAGCGUGGGACUCCCUCGUACAGCCCGCAUACACACGCGUGCCCACGUGUCCGAAAUAGAGAGGAUGAAGUAAUGGUGGAGUGCUGGGGACGAAGGAAGAAGUGACAUUUGUCGAUAGGGGGAGAGGCUGUGCAAAGCUGAGAAGAAGCCAGAGGGUGAAGGUGGGGGAAGAAGAGAAAGAAACAGCAGACAUAUCAAGAAAUACGGAAAGAGAGAGGGCAAGAGAGAGACCGGUUGAGCUCUUGGCGUUUUUGAAGUUAAGCAACAGUUUGCACCUGUAAAGGAGAAAAGGAAAAGCAAGGGAAGAAAACAGUAGUCGUGUCCCUAAGGGGGUUAUGGGGGCCAUGGUCACCUAAGGUCGAUGGCUGGUCCUGGGCGGAACUUGGCGCCCGCGGCUACCGAACUCUCCGCCUCAACUCCACCCUCCUCUUCGUCCUCCGCCUCUGUCGGCCGCCCCCCCGGCCCCGGCCCUCCCCCGCCCCAGCCAUGGCGGGCGUGUGGAAGCUCGGGCGGAGCCUGAGGCAGCCGGAGCUCCACCGGCUGGUCCUGGCGCUGAUCAUCUUCUGCCUGGUCUCCAUGGCGCUGUUGGCUUACUAUGUCAGCAGCAGCCCCAAAAUCAAGGAGGCCCCCCCUCUGCCUCUCAGCGACUGCGGGGCGGGGACGGCGGGCGUGGCGGGGGCCCCCCGGGCGCCCCUCAUCCUGCCCCUGCGGGCUGGCCGCCGGCCCUCCUCCAAGGCCGCGGACUUCCCUCGCACAGACCCCGCCGUGCUGGUGUUCGUGGAGAGCACCUACUCCCAGCUGGGGCAGGAGAUCGUGGCCGUCCUGGAGUCCAGCCGCUUCCGCUACCACACCGAAAUCGCCCCGGGGAAGGGCGACAUGCCCACCCUGGCAGGUCGCGACCGGGGCCGCUACGCCCUGGUCGUCUACGAGAACAUCCUGAAGUACGUCAACAUGGACUCCUGGAACCGCGACCUGUUGGACAAGUACUGCCUGGAGUACGGCGUGGGGAUCCUGGGCUUCUUCAAGGCCGGCGAGAACUCUCUGCGCAACAUCCAGCUCAAGGGGUUCCCGCUGUUUCUGAACACCAACCUGGCCCUACAGGACUACCGCAUAAACUCUGCCUCCCCGCUGCUCUACAUCACCCGGCCGAACCUGGUGGACCCGGGCCCCCUGCCCGGCAACGACUGGACCGGCUUCCAGUCCAACCACAGCACCUACGAACCGGUGCUGCUGGCUAGCGCUCAGUCCUCGGAGCCUCUGGGCCAGCAGGGGGCGAUGUACGCCACUGUCAUCCAGGAUCUGGGCCUCCUGGACGGCAUCCACAGGGUGUUCUUCGGUAGCAACCUGUCCUUCUGGCUCCACAAGCUCAUCUUCGUGGAUACCAUCGCCUACCUGACUGGCAGGCGGCUCUGCCUGCCCAUGGAACGCUACCUCCUGGUGGACGUAGAUGACAUCUUCGUGGGCAAGGAAGGCACCCGCAUGAAGGUGUCCGAUGUGGAGGCUCUGCUUAGCACACAAAACAAGUUACGAUCACUGGUCCCAAAUUUCACCUUUAACCUGGGGUUCUCUGGAAAGUUCUACUACACAGGGACGGAUGCGGAGGACCGAGGGGAUGACAUGCUGCUGAGACACAGGAAGGACUUCUGGUGGUUCCCCCACAUGUGGAGCCAUAUGCAGCCUCACCUCUUCCAUAACGUCACUGUCCUGGCAGAGCAGAUGAGGCUCAACAAGCAGUUUGCACAGGAACACGGGAUCCCCACAGAUAUGGGGUACGCUGUGGCCCCCCACCACUCGGGGGUGUACCCAGUGCACACUCAGCUGUACGAGGCCUGGAAGUCCGUUUGGGGGAUCAGGGUGACCAGCACUGAGGAGUACCCCCACCUGAGGCCUGCCCGCUACCGCCGUGGCUUCAUCCACAAUGGCAUCCAGGUAUUGCCCAGACAAACAUGUGGCCUCUUCACUCACACCAUCUUCUAUAAUGAGUACCCCGGGGGCUCCAAAGAGCUUGACAAGAGCAUCCGUGGCGGGGAGCUGUUCCUCACCGUGCUGCUCAACCCUGUCAGCAUUUUCAUGACCCACCUGUCCAACUAUGGGAAUGACCGACUGGGCCUGUACACCUUCGAAUCCCUGGUGAAGUUUGUGCAGUGCUGGACCAACCUGCGCUUACUGACCCUGCCCCCCGUGCAGCUGGCAGGGAAGUACUUCCAGAUCUUUCCGGAGGAGAGGGACCCCUUGUGGCAGAACCCUUGCCAUGACAAGAGACACAAAGACAUCUGGUCCAAGGAGAAGACCUGCGAUAGACUUCCCAAGUUUUUGGUGAUUGGUCCACAGAAGACAGGUACCACAGCACUGCACUCCUUCUUGACUCUGCACCCCGCCAUCACCAGCAGCUUUCCCAACCCCAAUACUUUUGAGGAGGUCCAGUUCUUCAACAGCCCGAACUACCACCGCGGAAUUGACUGGUACAUGGACUUCUUCCCCUUCCCCUCCAAUGUCAGCACAGACUUCAUAUUUGAGAAAAGCGCCAACUACUUCGACUCAGAGUCCACGCCCAGGAGAGCAUCCGCCCUCCUGCCUCGAGCCAAGAUCCUGGCAGUGCUCAUCAACCCUGCUGACCGAGCGUACUCUUGGUACCAGCACCAGCGUUCGCACAUGGACCCUGCAGCCCUGAACCACACCUUCCACCAGGUGGUGACAGCGGGCCCGUCCUCAUCCCCGGAGCUUCUCGCUCUACGCCGUCGCAGCCUGGCCCCCGGAGCCUACGUCACGCACCUGGAGCGCUGGCUGCGUCACUACCCCCCCAGCCAGCUCCUAGUUGUGGAUGGGGCCCUGCUGCGCUCUAACCCCACGGCGGUGAUGGACGGAGUCCAGAAGUUCCUGGGGGUCACGCCCCAUUUCAACUACACCCAAGCCCUAAUAUAUGAUGAGAGCAAGGGCUUCUGGUGCCAGAAACUUGACGGGGGUCGGGCCAAGUGUUUGGGGAAGAGCAAAGGCAGGAAGUACCCAGACAUGGCACCAGAGACCCGGGCCUACCUGACGGGGUACUUCAGAGAGCUCAACAUGGACCUGCUGCGGCUACUGAGCCGACUGGGCCAGGCCCUGCCGGGCUGGCUGAGGGAGGAGCUACAGAGCGGCCGCUGGAGCUGAGACCGCACCAGAACCAGACCGGAACCAUGCAGAACCGCUCCCCGAGGCACGCGGCAGGACGGGACGGGGGCGUAGAGGGGGUGCCAAGCAGAGAGAGGUCCUGAUCUGCACCCUUCCCCCCCCACCCCCUCCUCACUGGGGCAGUUCCAGUAACUGUGUGUGGACGGAAGGGGGACCCUCUCUUCAGCGCCACACAUUAUUGAGGAAAAGACUCAUGGGAGACUCUUGCCAACUUCUUCAGGAGGAUUCUCAAAUGGAUGGAGAAAGGCCUGUUUAGUUAGUCUUUUACUGGGGAGGGGGGCAGGGUGGAGUUAACAGUGGCUCCUGGCUUUGAACCAAUCAGUGCGUUCUCAUUUGCAAAGCAGAGUGUUGAUUUGUUCAGGUGAAUCAAUGACUGACACUGACCCUUAAGCUCCACCUAUUAAGAGGCUUCAAAGCCUCAGUCAUUACUAACUGUCAUUCCGACCACCUUAUUGGACAGUGACAAAAGCCCUCAUCCCACCCCUCUAAGCCAGCUAAUCAGGGCCUGAAAAGAUGAGACGCACAGGCGGAUGACUGUAAGAGGGGACAUGAGCCUGAUGCACCUUUUUAGUAAAUGUUUUUAAUUUGAACAGUAAAAAGAUUCAUUUUCACAUCCAGUGUUUGUUGAGGCUAGGAGGGUUGAUUAGUAGAAUAACUAUAGGACAUCAUUGCCGAAAAACAAAGUGUACCUCUUUAUGAAGCCUGGUGAAGCAGUAGAUCCAUCCAUCAUCUACAUCGCCAAACGGAGAAUGAUGGAAGAUCUCCUCAAUGGAUAUCAAGCAAGCUGAGGACAAUCAGAAAUGGCCUUACAGUAAAGAGAAAGACGUACAUGUACACACAUACACACACACGGAUACACAUACACACAGCUGUCAGCUGCUGCUUGGGGUUGAAAACUGUAUGCACUGAAAUCCCAAAAGGAAGGGAUGAGUGAGACUUAGUCCAAAGGAUCCGGGAUGAGCCGAUCCAGACUGCUGAGGGGUCGCUCAAAAUCACACUGUCUUUUAUUGUAAUGUUGUCCUUUUAUUUAAAAAAAAAAAAAAAAAAAAAAAAGCAGUCUCUCAAAAGCAGACCCAAAAUAAAACCCUGCCAGCUGGGUGAGGUCUGAAUUAAAGGCAGCAAUGUUGCAACGCCAUGUUGUGGUUUCCUCAUUCAUAAGGCAUGUCUGCUUGUUACGGCAGGAAAUGGGAUCCUGAACUGUGGUUUGGCAGCUGCAGCAGUCAUAUCAAAGGUUUAUCAAACAUCUUGGAAUGAAAAACUAAACAGUCUAAAUUCAAGAUUUUGGAGAAUCUUUAAAGAAGAUAAAGAAAAUAAGGAAUUUGACGGCUAGGCCCCAGGGCACUGGUGGUCUGUCCCAUGACAGAGGUGGAAGUCCAGGGGGUCAGAAAGUUAAAUUCCUGCCAUGUGCUUCAUCCACCCAUGAACUCAGCCAGCUCAUUUCACUAAUUAGUUCUACCUCCUGGCUGAAGAAUUGUCAUAAUUAGCACUUCCAGGUAAUUGGAACAGAAUACUGGGAAUAACUUUUACUUUCUGAACCUGGAUUUUUCACUUCUGCAAGGCUGAAGCCACUGGAGACUUCAUUCUUCUGAUCCACAACCCUUUUUUUGUAUGGCAUAGAAUGGCCCGUCCACACUCUAACUGUGAUAAGGAUGUGAGCAUCCGCUCUGAUGAACGUUCCGUAAAUAGUCAUUUUGAACAUGACACCCCCUAAAUUCCGAUGGAUUUUGAUUGGCUGUUAGCGUUUCUAUGGGUCAUGCAGCUGGAAAAAUUUAUCUGAAAGUGAUGCCAACGAUAUUUUUUGUUGCCGUCGUUGGAGUGGUGUGGACCCCUCCGUCCACUUCUCCAGUUCAACCGCAAAUAAUUUCAGAAGACCCACACACGAACACCCGCAUACAUUCAGCCACUGCUUCUCCCCCCCCCCCAUGUUCUGCAGGUAAAGUCAAGAGACUAGCUAGUGAAAGUAGAAUAUAGGCCCUUGGCUGACCAGAGCAGUCACUUGUGUGCAAUGGGCAUCCAAAUCUAUAGAUGUACAGAAUUACUUAAAGGUACAAUAGGUCAUUUUGGUCUAUAGAGUAAUGGCAGCAACAAACAACUUCAAACCACAACACUGUUUAUCCCUCUCCCUUCUCUGUAAACACACUGAUGUUGAAACGCCAUUGGCUGUGGCAAUUAGAACCAAUUUUCAACAAAUGAGCAUGAAUUAUUUUACAGCCGUACAAUGUUUUGGGACAGUGUCGGGCCAUCAACUGUAUAUUUUGAAACCCGACUAUAAACAUAGGCAGAGGGUGACUCAACAUGUCAGUGAGCCUUUUUCAAUGAUAGGAAGGGAUUCACAAUGGUCUUGUAACAAUGUUUUAACACAAAAAUCUUACCUCUGGUACCUUUAAUGCUGGCACCAUUUUCAAGGGUGUAGCAGCAUAGAAUGGAGCGCCUUUCAGGGGUGUCACGGCUGAAGGUUACAGUGCAAGGUUACCUUAUUGGGAGCCAUUCCAUUUCUGCUGGUGGGAGGGAGGCAGCGGUUGACAUUACGUAAGUGGUACAAGUACGCACUGCAAAAAUCUAAAAACGUGCAGCAAUUCUAUGUCAGACUGAAAAGAGCACCUAAAAAUAGAUACAAUAAAAUUGUUGCGUAUUUAAA